CUCGGCGGUGACCGGCCGAGUGCAAGGAGCUACGUGCUAGUCCUAGGUUGGACACUGAGGAGGGUGGUCCUGCGUGAAACAUGAUCAGUCACUUCUACAUUAUGCAUCCAUUCGAAAGAAGUGGAAGACUGUCCAAUGUCAGGAAAAGCCUGGGCCUGAGGUCAAAGAAGGGAUCCUGACCUCUCCUCUCCCACAUCGAGCAGGUGGCAGAAACUCGGACUUCCUGCCCUCCCGAGCCGCUGUGCGACACCUGCUGUAACCCGAACCAUAAACUUUCCCAAAGCCUACAGGGACCUUGGAAACCAGAUGUCUCAGAUGUAGGCCACGCGGAACGGCCAGCUCGCCGGCUUCGAGCCCUCACCAGCAGAAUGGUGCAGACCCAGCAGCUAUCCUGAGCCAUGGCCCUGGGUCUCCUGUGCCUGGGCCUCGCCCUGCUGGGGACCCUGCAGAUCCAGGCCCUGGUCCCACCACUGAGCAAGAUCCCCCUGCAGCCAGACUUCCGGCAAGACAAGUUCCAGGGGAAGUGGUACGCCGUAAGUGUGGCAGGGAACAAAUUUCAUAAAGGAAAUGAAAGUGGUACCAUGUACACGGAUACCUACGGGCUGAAAGAUGACGGCAGCUACAGCGUCACCGCCAUCCUGUUCAGGGGCGAGGUCUGCCAGUACUGGAACAGAACAUUUGUCCCCAGUGGCCAGGCUGGCCAGUUCAUCCUGGGCGAUAGGCCAUCUAAAAUACUGAGCUACACUGUUAGAGUGACAGCCACCGACUACAAUCAGUUUGCCAUGGUCUUUUUCAAGAAGGUACUCAAAGAAGGAGUUUACUUCAAGACCGUCCUCUAUGGCAGAACCAAGGAGCUGAGCCUGGAAUUGAGGCAGCGCUUUGUCAGCUUUGCCAAGUCCCUAAGUCUCAGCGAUGACAACAUCAUCUUCUUGAAGCCCAUCGACAAGUGCAUCGAUGACUGAACUGGCAGUGUCAUGUGGCUACUCCACCCACCACAGUGCCAUGACAGAGCUGGAAUACCUUCCUACCAGUGCAAUGCUGCCACCCAGCUACCCCUAAAUCCACCCUACUGAUGGAACCCUCUUUGCUAAAUAAACAGAUAUCCCGUC